AACUGGAUCUAUUGCAUUUUCUCCGCUGGGUCUCAAUGUCAUAAUGGACAGGUUACACUCCUCCAUGCGUAAAAGGCUCUACAGUUUGCCACAGCACAUUGGACAGAAAGCAUCCAUAAUGGGCGAGGGAGAAGACGCAGACAAGGACACCCGGAGGAAGAGCAUCAGGAUGAAGCCUCUGCCGUCGCCGACCUCUGGGGGAAGCUGCAAAGGCAUCGGGGAGUCUAAAAGUGGGGAGUCCGUGAUCAUGGAGACGGACAUGGGGAGACCGAUGAAGACCAGCUCGAACGGAGACUGCCGGAGGUUUCGAGGCAGCCUCUCCUCCAUCACGAGUCGGCAUGUGCACGACUCGGACUCGGCGGAGGAGAGGCGCCUGAUCACCGAGGGGGAUGUCACCCCGAGCGAGGAGACCCCCCCCGGAGCCAUCGGCGAGGGGCCGCCGGACCAAGGCGCGCAAGGGGCCAGCGGUGGCGGCGCUGCCCAGAGCGAGUCCCUGGGUCAGCAGUCAGGGUUUAUAAAGUUGGACGGCAUCGACCAAAUUCUGCCGGACGACGAGAGAUUAUAUCAGGCUGGGUUCAUGCACAGACAGUUUGGAGCGAUGCUUCAACCGGGGGUCAACAAGUUCUCUCUGAGGAUGUUUGGGAGUGAGAAGGCGGUGGAAAGGGAACAAGAGCGGGUUAAAUCCGCUGGAUUUUGGAUAAUUCACCCAUACAGUGAUUUCAGGUUUUACUGGGACUUGACCAUGCUGCUGCUGAUGGUUGGCAACCUCAUCAUCAUCCCGGUGGGCAUAACGUUCUUCAAGGAUGAGCACACGCCCCCCUGGAUCGUGUUUAACGUUGUGUCCGACACUUUCUUCCUCAUGGACUUGGUCCUCAACUUUAGGACAGGCAUUGUCAAGGAGGACAACACAGAGAUCAUUCUGGAUCCGCAGAAGAUCAAGAUUAAGUACUUGCGCAGCUGGUUUGUGGUGGACUUCAUCUCCUCCAUUCCUGUGGACUACAUCUUCCUCAUAGUGGAGACACGCAUCGACUCAGAUUUCUACAAGACAGCGCGCGCAUUGCGGAUUGUCCGCUUCACUAAGAUCCUCAGCCUGCUGCGACUUCUGCGCCUCUCGAGACUCAUUCGCUACAUCCACCAGUGGGAAGAGAUCUUCCACAUGACCUAUGACCUGGCCAGCGCCAUGGUGAGGAUCGUCAACCUGAUCGGCAUGAUGCUGCUGCUGUGUCACUGGGACGGCUGCCUGCAGUUCCUGGUGCCCAUGCUGCAGGACUUCCCCCCCGACUGCUGGGUGUCCAAAAAUAAGAUGGUGAACGACACAUGGGGACAGCAGUACUCCUACGCACUUUUCAAAGCUAUGAGCCACAUGCUGUGUAUCGGGUAUGGCAUGUACCCCCCGGUGGGCAUGACAGACGUGUGGCUGACCAUCCUCAGCAUGAUCGUGGGCGCAACCUGCUACGCCAUGUUCGUGGGCCACGCCACCGCGCUAAUCCAAUCGCUGGACUCAUCUCGGCGGCAGUACCAGGAGAAGUACAAACAGGUGGAGCAGUACAUGUCCUUCCAUAAACUACCGGCAGAUAUGAGGCAGAGAAUCCACGACUACUACGAGCACCGUUACCAGGGCAAGAUGUUCGACGAGGAGAGCAUCCUGGGAGAGCUGAACGAGCCUCUCAGAGAGGAAAUCAUCAACUUCAACUGUCGAAAGCUGGUGGCGUCAAUGCCUCUAUUUGCAAAUGCCGACCCCAACUUUGUCACCUCCAUGCUCACCAAGCUGAAAUUUGAGGUGUUCCAGCCCAGGGAUUACAUCAUCAGGGAGGGCACCAUCGGCAAGAAGAUGUACUUUAUCCAACACGGGGUUGUCGGUGUCCUCACCAAAGGCACUAAAGAGACCAAGCUGUCUGACGGCUGCUACUUCGGAGAGAUUUGUUUGCUGACGCGGGGUAGAAGGACAGCCAGCGUGCGAGCGGACACAUACUGUCGCCUGUACUCACUGUCUGUCGACAACUUCAAUGAGGUGCUGGAGGAGUAUCCUAUGAUGAGAAGGGCCUUUGAAACGGUUGCACUAGACAGAUUGGACCGUAUAGGCAAGAAAAACUCCAUCCUGCAGCAUAAGGUUCAAAACGACCUCAGCUCUGGUGUACUCAACUACCAGGAGAAUGAGAUCAUACAGCAGAUUGUGCAGCAUGAUAGGGACAUGGCGCACUGCGCCCACCUCAUGCAGAAUGCUCCACCCCAGACGCCUCCCUCGCCAACUCCUGUCAUCUGGGCCCCCCUCAUCCAGGCCCCUCUCCAAGCAGCAGCCGCCACCACUUCAGUAGCCAUUGCACUGACGCACCAUCCCCUCUUCCCGCCAACACUCUUCAGGCCUCCAGUUUCUGUUCUGGGGUCCCUAAAGGACCCUUCCAGUCGAUUCAAGAAGUUCCAUGCAUUUGUUCCUUCAUCCACAACACCUGGCUCUGCUAAGAUAUCCCCCUCUAGCACACCCGCUCAACUGCACACUGAGGUGGACAUGCCAUUGUUGGCCUCUUUUCAGGCCCAACAAAAUACUGCAGUUUCAGGGGCAACUGGCUCUCGCCAACAGGCUUCAGGUAGCACAGGCCAGCAAGGACCUAGUAGGGGUGGAUCUUCUUCAAGUGGAGGAGGGGUGUCUGCCUUCCCUUUUGGACCUUACUCAUCCACUGGAUCACCCUCAUCUAGUAUGGCCCAGCUGCACCCACAGCCACAGCAUCAUCAGCCCUUUCGAUCCAGCACUCCACCUCUUUCAAACCUCUUCAACCAGGGAUCUACAGGUGGAAGCACAGGGUCAGGAAUAAGUGGAGGGGCAGUUGGAGCCUGUGGUGGUGCCACAGGAUGGUCUACAGGUGGAGCGGUAGGAGGUUCUGUGGAAGACGCCAAUGGACGAGACCUUCCUUGGGCUGGAGAGGAAUUUGUAACUGGAACAACAGAAUCUACUCUUGAAGGGCACUUUGGUUUGGGAGGAGCUAAUGGUGGGUCAGUAGGAGGUAUCUCAGGGGAAUCAUUGGGAGGGAUCUCUGAUGGGUCAGGGGGUGCUGCUUAUAGCAGGUUAGCAGGUGGAGCAUCAGGUGGGUCAGUAGGGGGCAUUGCUUGUGGGCCAAUAGGUGAUGCAGCCAGGAGAUCAAUGGGAGGGUUAUCUAGAGGAUCAGUUGGAAGGGCUUCUGGCGGAUCAGUACCAGGGUCCACUGGAGAAUUAUUUGUAGUGACGUCCACUGGAGCAUCAUUUGGUGGAACAUCUAGUGGAUCGAUAGGAAUGGUAGGGAAUCCUAGUGGAUCGUUGAGAAAGGCUUCCAGUGGAUCAACAAGUACAUCAACUAGCCAUUCAGGAGGAGGGUUGAGUGGGACAGGGGGAGGGGUAAUUGGAGGACAUAUUGGCAGAGCAGCAGGAGGGGCAGUAGGGGGUCAUAUUGGAGAGGCUAUAGCUAGUCCUGGAGGAGUGGCUUCUGUUGGAAUUACAGCUGGACAUAUUGGUUCCUCCUGUUGUCAGAGUCCUAUAUCUACUGGCUCAUCCAGCCCUAUGCCAGGGCAGCUUCUCCAUAGCCAGCCCCCUCCAAAGCCCCCUCAGGUGACUCCGCUGCAGCAGUUUGCUGGGGGAGGCAGGACUACCAGUGGCUUAAACCUCUUCCAUUCCCCUACACAAGGCUCCCCAUCCUCCAGCAGAGGACAGUCCAGCCUGCAGCCUGCUGAGGGCUCCCCAUCUUCCCUCAGCCAUUUUAGCAUUUCAGGCCUCCAGUCUGGCUUUCUUCCACACCAGAUAUCCCUAGAGAGGUCUGCCCUGGCCUCACUGGCCCAGUAUGGUUCAGCAAACGCCUCCCCCUGCCUUACCCCAGGGGCACCAAGCCCUACUGUUCAAAGCCCAGUGGCUGGCAGAACUUUCCACUACAGUGACCCCUCCAGUACCACAGGAUCCCACAGUUCGCUGCUGAUGCCUCAGUCAUCUGUCCCUUCACAGCUUCCCAGUCAGCCACAAACAACAGGGAGAGAUUCUCCACUGGGUCGCUUUUCUGAGGACCUAAAGCUUUUAUCCAGCUCACACCCAUCUCUGCCCCAGGAAGUUACCCAGUACUUCGCCCACCAAUCUCCUCACUCCUCGGUGGAAACUGGAUAUUACCCCUCACCCUUUUCCUCACCCACUCUUAUGCCCAAACCCUGUAGCUCAGUGCCAGGGCACAUGACUCCUCCUAUCCAGAUGUCUCCAGGGCACCCUCACCAGACUCAGUCCCCGGAGGCCUCCUCAGCCUUGCUUCUACGGAGGGGCUCAUCCACCUACUCAUCUGAUCUAGAACCUCAAACUGUCCGCUCUAAACUCCCUUCCAAUUUGUGA